AUGUAUGAUUUCAAGAAUUAUAUCGGUACAAUUCAACUCGUAAAAAAUGCCUGGUUUCUCAUCACAUUUUUCAAUUCGCUCUUCAUUCAACAAAAAUUCGAUCUAACUCCGAUGAUUAUCAUGGCUUCGGUGAGUUCAUCUUCUAAAUAAUUCAAAUAAUUAAAUUAAUUUCUUAGAUGUUGGUUGAACUCGCAAUGUUUUUCGAAAUCCAAAAAUACAAUUACAAGAUGCUUCUAUACUACGCCUUGUACCAAACUGCAUAUUUGUAUUGUUAUUUGCAAUCGAUCAAGGGAAAUUAUUUCGAAAUCAACAUUCAAUGUGCCUUGAUUUGUAAGUUUAUUCUAUUUCUUUAUGAUGAUUAGAAAAAUAAUUGUUAUUCCAGGUUUCCAAUCGUUGUUCAUCGCAAUCUGUUUCAUCCAAUUAUUCAACUGCGCAACAAAGGAAAUCAAGAAACAAGAAAUCAUUGAUCCAAAAACUGGAGACCUCGAUUACCCAAAAUUCUUCAAAUACCGUAACCUCAACUACUAA